CUUACUAGUAUAAUUGACAUUACCAUAAUUGCCUUUAAUGUGUUGCAUUGAGAACUGUGCUGUUAUAACCUUUUUAGCUGCAAAGACAUCCUAGACUUAUGUGUUAUGUCCUCCUGUUAUCUCUUACUGUUCUUUUCUGCCACUCUACUCUUCUCUUUUUCUACCUUAGCUUUCUAUAAACAUUUUUAACAAGCACCUCCUUUCUUUACUUCUUUGUUCCUUCUAUUUCCUUGUUUGAUUUGAUUCUUUAGGAUUUACAUCACUGCCUAUACAAAAGUACAACAAUAUUUUAAUUAAUGAUAUGAAGCAUUUUUUAAAGAUAUCCCUUCUUGGCGUUUCUACUAUAAGUUAUAGUUUAGCUUAAACAGUUUUAUUGCAUGGUCGACAAAGUUUAUUAUAUUACUUUCAAGAUUUUGUCAACUCAUUUUCAAGAUUUUUUUUUUUUUUUGCUUCAAUGAAUAUGAUGGGGGUCUUCAAGAAUUUUACUACUUUGUAUGUGUGACAAAGUUCUUUUUUUUUUACUUUCAAACACUUUGUAAACUCAUUUUCAAGAAUUCUAGCAUUUUCAAGAAUUUUAGUUUAUUUGUUUUGAACACUUCGUGAACUCAUUUUCAAGAAUUUUUUGGGUUCAAAGAGUGAUGAGGGGUUUUGAAGAAUUCUAGUUUGGUGGUGUGACAAAAGUUUUUUUUACUUAACAACACUUUGUCAAUUCAUUUUCAAGAAUCUUUUGGCUUCAAGAAUUCUAGUUUUCUUUGUGUGACACUUGGUCAAACUCAUUUUCAAGAAAUUUUUGGGUUCAAAGAGUGAUGAGGGGUUUCAAGAAUUCAAGAUUUUGUGUUUUAGUUAUCAUUUUUCUCCUCCAUUUUGGUGUUUGGUGCAAUGGUGAUACUGAAAACAUGGGAGCUCCAAUGGAACAAAAUGAGAUAAAUGCUCUUUACUCUACUAUUCAAGGUUUUGUUGGUAAAUCCUGGAAUGGCUCAGAUCUUUAUCCAGAUCCUUGUGGUUGGACUCCUAUACAGGGUGUAUCUUGUGACUUGUUUGAUGGUUUUUGGUAUGUCACAGACAUAAACAUUGGACCUAUACAUGAUAACUCACUAAGUUGUACACCAAAUGCUGAGUUCAAUCUCAAUCUCUUUACACUAAAGCACCUAAAAUCUCUCUUAUUCUUCAAUUGUUUCGUGUCGCCUCGCCAUCAUCCAACUUCAAUCCCCUCAGAAGGCUGGGAACUUCUUGCUAGUACCUUGGAGUCACUUGAGUUUCGAUCAAAUCCCGGUCUCAUUGGACAAAUUCCCAGCACAUUUGGAAGACUCAGAAAGCUCCAAUCUUUAGUACUAAUAGAAAAUGGACUCUCUGGUGAAAUGCCACCAAAUCUUGGGAGUUUAGUGAACUUAAGGAGACUAGUUCUUGCUGGAAACAAGCUCAAUGGCGAAAUCCCGGAGACUUUCGGAGGGUUCACUCAACUUUUGAUAUGUGAUUUGAGCAGAAACUCACUUUCCGGUGUCUUGCCUAAAGCAUUGUUUGGAGGUUUGGUUUCAUUAUUGAAACUUGAUUUGAGUUCCAACAACUUACAAGGCAAAAUCCCACAAGAGAUUUCAAAGUUAAAGAAUUUGACACUUUUGGACCUUAGUAACAACAAGUUAUCAAAUGGACUAACAAAGUCACUUCAAGAAAUGACAUGCUUGGAAGAGUUAGUCUUGUCAAAGAACCCAAUGGGUGGAUUCUUGGAGAUUCUUGAUUGGCAUAACAUGAGAAAGUUAACAACUUUGGAUCUAUCAAACAUGAACUUGACAGGUGGGAUACCAAAGUCUAUAGCAGACCUAAAAAAGCUAAGAUUUUUAGGACUUAAUGACAAUAAACUCAUGGGUGACAUACCAAAAAAUCUUGAAAAUUUGCCUUAUGCAAGUGCUAUUUACCUAUAUGGUAACAAUCUGACAGGUGAACUUCAAUUCUCUGAAUGGUUUUAUAGUAAAAUGGGAAGGAGAUUUGGUGCAUGGGGGAAUGAAAAUCUUUGUUACCCUAUUGGUUUGGUGUCAACAAGUAAUGUACCUUAUGGGGUAAAACAAUGUCAACAAGAACUAAAUAUUGUUAUGGAUCUUGAUACAAAGUCCAAGUUGGUAAAUGGGAGUUUAUUGAAUUCUCAAUCUUCAAUGGGAUAUUUGAAUGAUUAUGGGAUUUGGAGAAGUUAUGUAGUUGAACUAUUUAUGGUUAUUCUAUUACUAUUGAAUUGAAAAUUUUGAGAAUAGAUGCUAUUUGCCAAUAGUGUUAAACCUUAUUAUAUAGUUUGUUGUUUUACUUGAAAUGUACCCCACACUUUUUUUUUCUCUUUUUAACAUAUGAAUAAAUGAAUGUACAUAUUUGACC